GAGCGCGUGUGGGACGAGCCCGGCUCCGGCUGCGGGGAGCUCGGCCCUGCGGCUCCGGGGGUGCUGCUGAGCGAGGCGAGAGGCAGCCUCCUCCUCUCGGCCAGAGGCAGGAGCGAGGCGGAGCGGCGGGGAAGGCAGGCCCGCAGCCCGUGUGAGCCCCAUGGGCCGAGCGCCUGCGAGAAGGGGAGGAGGAGCCGGCCCGCCGCCCGCCGCCCGGGGAUGGUGAGGAGGCGGCGGCUGCCGUGAGCCCAGUUAGGCCUUCGCUCGGCGCCCGCCCGCCAGGCUCUCCCUUCCUCCGCUCGCUCGCUCCCCCCUUCCCUCUCCUUCCCCUGCCGCCGCCGCCGCCGCCCUCCCAUCACCUCCUCCCCGGGCUCCCGCAGCCAUGUAAGUGACCCGCUCCCCGGGGUGGGAAGGGCCGGGGGAAGGAAGCGCCGGGGCCUGCUCCGCCGCGCAUUGUGCGGGGCCGGGAGGGGCGGCCAGGCGAGGCGAGGCGGCCGCUCUACGCCUUCCCCGGGCGGCGGCCGCCGAGCUCCCGCUGACCCGCGUAGGCCGCGGCGGGGGCUGCUGCUGGCCCGGGCUGAGGCACCGCCGGAAGUAGCUGAGAAGGAGAAAGACAAGAAAAAGAACAUCCCUUUUGUGGACCCUUCUGCUGGAGUUCAGGAAUUUCAACGGUGAUCUUUUGACUGAUCCACCAGUCUGAUAAACUGAUCCACCAAGAGACAUUCCCGCCAUUAUGAAUGAAGUAGCGAUAGUGAAGGAAGGAUGGCUCCACAAACGAGGAGAAUAUAUCAAAACAUGGAGGCCACGGUAUUUUCUUUUAAAGAAUGAUGGCACAUUCAUUGGCUACAAGGAACGACCGCAAGACGUUGACCAACGAGAAUCACCUUUAAAUAACUUCUCAGUAGCUCAGUGCCAGCUGAUGAAGACAGAACGACCUAAACCAAACACAUUUAUCAUUAGAUGCCUCCAGUGGACCACAGUAAUUGAAAGAACAUUUCAUGUGGAGACUCCAGAGGAGCGGGAAGAAUGGACAAAAGCUAUCCAAACUGUUGCAGACAGCCUCAAGAAACAGGAGGAAGAGAUGAUGGAUUUUAGAUCUGGUUCUCCUAGUGAUAAUUCAGGUGCUGAAGAAAUGGAAGUUUCUAUGACAAAGCCAAAACACAAAGUGACCAUGAAUGAAUUUGAAUACCUUAAGCUACUGGGAAAAGGCACUUUUGGAAAGGUCAUUUUAGUUAAAGAAAAAGCAACCGGACGGUAUUAUGCUAUGAAAAUUCUGAAGAAGGAAGUUAUUGUAGCAAAGGAUGAAGUAGCACACACGCUGACAGAAAACCGUGUUUUACAGAACUCACGGCAUCCAUUCUUAACAGCUUUAAAGUAUUCCUUUCAGACACACGAUCGCUUGUGUUUUGUUAUGGAGUAUGCUAACGGAGGGGAGUUGUUUUUCCAUCUGUCGAGAGAGCGUGUAUUUUCUGAAGACCGGGCACGUUUUUAUGGGGCUGAGAUUGUUUCAGCGCUGGAUUACCUGCAUUCAGAGAAGAAUGUGGUGUACAGAGAUUUGAAGCUGGAAAAUCUUAUGCUGGAUAAAGACGGGCACAUAAAAAUUACAGACUUUGGACUAUGUAAAGAAGGCAUAAAAGAUGGAGCAACAAUGAAGACUUUCUGUGGCACUCCAGAGUAUCUUGCACCAGAGGUGCUGGAGGAUAAUGACUAUGGUCGUGCAGUGGACUGGUGGGGAUUAGGAGUUGUGAUGUAUGAAAUGAUGUGUGGCCGGCUCCCUUUCUACAAUCAGGACCAUGAAAAGCUCUUUGAACUCAUCCUUAUGGAAGAGAUUAGAUUUCCACGCACUUUGUCACCUGAAGCAAAAUCUCUCUUGUCAGGUUUGCUGAAGAAAGAUCCUAAGCAAAGGUUAGGAGGCGGUCCUGAUGAUGCCAAGGAGAUUAUGCAGCACAAAUUCUUUGCUGGCAUUGUUUGGCAAGAUGUAUACGAGAAAAAGCUUGUACCUCCAUUUAAGCCACAAGUUACAUCUGAAACAGAUACAAGAUACUUUGAUGAAGAAUUUACAGCACAGAUGAUUACAAUCACUCCUCCUGACCAAGAUGACAGCAUGGAUUGUGUAGACAAUGAGAGAAGACCUCAUUUUCCUCAGUUCUCCUAUUCAGCCAGUGGAACCGCUUAAUGUUUUGCAGUGUUUUCCCAUUCAGAAACAAAACAGACUGCAUUUUGGGGACCUUACUUCAAUGGACACUAGAGAACUUUCUAUAUUAUCUGAAUUACAAACUGUGUUUGUAUUACGAUUUAGAUGAAUUUGUAGGAAGCCUCACAGAUUCUGUAUUUAAAACAAUUCUUUGAUGCAUUUUUGAGAAGGAAAACAAAUCCAUUCUUAAAGUAUUACGUCAAGGCUCUUAUGCUGAACGACCAUAGGUUUUUAAGAAUAUGCACCAAAACUGUUUACUUUAGAAUUAAUUAAGGUAUUCAACAUAUCAGCAACUCUGACCAGAAAAUCCCCUCGUUUUAUUUAUUUCAUACAGUUCAUUGUCUAAAUAUAGAAUCUGCACUCUGAACAAUUAGAUUUAUAUAGGAAGAUAUAAGACUUUAGUAGUUAGUGCAAUAAUAGAAGCAACAAAGUGAACAAACUCUGGAGGAUUAAGGUUCAAACUCAUUUUGGACAGCAGUUGAAGUGUCAUCCAGCUCCAGAAAACCAACUAUAGGAACAGCAUUAAUGGCCUCAGUGAGGUAAAUCAAAAAGCAAAAGUUAUUUUUGUUAUAACAUCUGCUACAAGACAUUACAUAUCAAACCGAAUCCAGUGGAAUCUGGUCCAUUGCUACAUAGUACAGAUGAGUAUUCCGUUCAGGAUGCAUUUAAUUAUUCCAUUUGUGUAGUUUAGGAAUACUCCAUAGGAUUGGCUUCUCAGAACAUAGAAAAUGCUUAAUUUACCAACUAAUACGAACUGCAACAACACAGAAUCACCCACUUUCACCACUGUAUAAAAAUACCGUACAGGUCUACAUGAGAAACCAUCUGAACGAGCGAGUUAUCCAGACAGACGUCCAUUUUGGCACUGAAGUAAUGACUUGUUGCCGCUUUUUUUUUUUUUUAUGGAAAGAUAUAUGACUAUAUAUAAACACUUAAUGAUUUUUUGCAUCAUGCCAGAUCAUUUCCUCUUUCUUGAGUGUGCAUUAAAGGUAUCAGCUGACAGUUGACGGUGCCUUCUCACUCUUGAAGAUUCACUUUAACAGUGUUUCCCAUGUAUAAGAAAAAAACUAGGUUGGAACUUCAUAUGUGUUUGAAUAAUAAUGGUGUUCAAAAAGUGAAUUUUUUUUUUUUGUUUCUUCAUUUUUUAACCUUAGUGGAAAAAUUCCCCGCACCCCAUUUUUGUUGUAUCAGUUUCUUUGUAAUUUUCAUAAAAGCAGUCUUAUUCUGUCUCUCCUGCGAAUGAAUUUAUUCCAUGGUAGGUUGCGUUCUCUUAAAUUGCUUUUUUUGGGUUUUUUUGUUCUCUUGACUGUAUAAAAAACGACGCCAUGUACCACCGUUAGCUCGCAUUUGAUUUUGGUUUGAAAAGGAGUAUAUUAUGAGCCCCUUUGCUUCCCCUUUCCAUCAGAGCCUGCUGCGUUUGCACAGAGAACCAUCAUCUUUUUUUUUAUUUUAACAACAUUCAACUCUAGUAUUUUUACUUACCGUAUGGAAGUUUCCCUCCAAUUACUUAAAUAAAACUUGCUUUAACACGUUAGGUUCUUA